GGUAAAUCAUUUUCUAAGACAGAGCCUCAUGUCAUUAAAGCUAUUGCUGUGAGAGUUAACAGAAAUCAGGUGGUUAUGACUUUGAAGAACAGAAUAAGGUUUCCUUUUUUAAAUAUUAAUGGGACAAGUAACACUACGUAUGUCACAAUGUUCUGCCUAUGGCUGGUGCUCAGUGGGGCUGGAGCCCAAAGUACAAUAGCAAUUACAACAGAAACUACAGAAUUGAUGACCCAGAACACAAUAGCCACUGAAUCAAAUGCAGCAGAAACUGCAUCUACAUUUAUCCCUAUGAGCACUACAACUGAGGAACCAACAACUACAGCAGACACAUCCUCAGCUUCAACUGUACCAGCAACAGAACUGACUAUAUUAACAACAGAGGCUACAAUGUCCACAGCACAAACAACAUUAAUAACAUCUGCAUAUACAGCUACUAAACAACAAUCAACUGGGGAGGAAACAACCUCAAGCACAACUAUAACACAGGCUAAAACACCCACACAGCCAACAACAGAAGAAAUUACGGCAUUUACAACAACUCUAGCCACAAUCACUACAACUGAGGAACAAACUACUACAGAGGAAACUACCAAAGUGACAACUGUAGCAUUAAGUACAACACAAGUAACAGAACUGACUAGCAAUCCGGUGUCAACAACACAGAUUACGACAACCAAACAACCAACAACAGAAGAAAUAUCUGAAUCUGCAACUACUCUAGCCAUAACCACUAUUACUGUGGAACCAAGAACUACAGAGGAAACAACCAUGGUUACAACUGUAGCAACUACAACACCAACAACAGAAUUGACCACUACCACUGAAUUCACAACGCAGGUUACAACAAUCACACAGCCAUCAACAGAAGAAACAACAGUAUCUACAACUACUCUAAGUACUACCACUAUAUCUGUGGAACCAACAACUACAGAGGAAACAACCAUAGCUACAACUGUAGCAACUACAACUCCAACAACAGACUUGACCACUACAACACAAUUCACGACACAGGCUACAACAACCACACAGCCAUUAGCAGAAGAAAUAAUUGAAUCCUCGACUAUUCUAGCCACAACCACUAUAUCUGUGGAACCAAGGACGACAGAGGAAACAACCAUAGCUACAACUGUAGCAACUACAAUACCAACAACAGAAUUGACCACUACCACUGAAUUCAUGACACAGGCUACAACAACCACACAGCCAACAACAGAAGAAAUAAUUGAAUCCUCGACUAUUCUAGCCACAACCACUAUAUCUGUGGAACCAACAAUGACAGAGGAAACAACCAUAGCUACAACUGUAGCAACUACAACACCAACAACAGAUUUGACCACUACCACUGAAUUCACAACACAGGCUACAACAACCACACAGCCAACAACAGAAGAAACAACAGCAUCUACAACUACUCUAAGUACUACCACUAUAUCUGUGGAACCAACAACUACAGAGGAAUCAACCAUAGCUACAACUGUAGCAACUACAAUACCAACAACAGAAUUGACCACUACCACUGAAUUCACGACACAGGCUACAACAACCACACAGCCAACAACAGAAGAAACAACAGCAUCUACCACUAUAUCUGUGGAACCAACAACUACAGAGGAAACAACCAUAGCUACAACUGUAGCAACUACAAUACCAACAACAGAACUGACCACUACCACUGAAUUCACAACACAGGCUACAACAACCACACAGCCAACAACAGAAGAAACAACAGCAUCUACAACUACUGUAAGUACUACCACUAUAUCUGUGGAACCAACAACUACAGAGGAAACAACCAUAGCUACAACUGUAGCAACUACAAUACCAACAACAGAAUUGACCACUACCACUGAAUUCACGACACAGGCUACAACAACCACACAGCCAACAACAGAAGAAAUAAUUGAAUCCUCAACUAUUCUAGCCACAACCACUAUAUCUGUGGAACCAACAAUGACAGAGGAAACAACCAUAGCUACAACUGUAGCAACUACAACACCAACAACAGAUUUGACCACUACCACUGAAUUCACGACACAGGCUACAACAACCACACAGCCAACAACAGAAGAAACAACAGCAUCUACAACUACUCUAAGUACUACCACUAUAUCUGUGGAACCAACAACUACAGAGGAAUCAACCAUAGCUACAACUGUAGCAACUACAACACCAACAACAGAAUUGCCCACUACCACUGAAUUCACAACACAGGGUACAACAACCACACAGCCAUUAGCAGAAGAAAUAAUUGAAUCCUCGACUAUGCUAACCACAACCACUAUAUCUGUGGAACCAACAACUACAGAGAAAACAACCAUAGCUACAACUGUAGCAACUACAAUACCAACAACAGAAUUGACCACUACCACUGAAUUCAUAACACAGUCUACAACAACCACACAGCCAUCAACAGAAGAAACAACAGCAUCUACAACUACUCUAAGUACUACCACUAUAUCUGUGGAACCAACAACUACAGAGGAAACAACCAUAGCUACAACUGUAGCAACUACAAUACCAACAACAGAACUGACCACUACCACUGAAUUCACAACACAGGCUACAACAACCACACAGCCAACAACAGAAGAAACAACAGCAUCUACAACUACUGUAAGUACUACCACUAUAUCUGUGGAACCAACAACUACAGAGGAAACAACCAUAGCUACAACUGUAGCAACUACAAUACCAACAACAGAAUUGACCACUACCACUGAAUUCACGACACAGGCUACAACAACCACACAGCCAACAGCAGAAGAAAUAAUUGAAUCCUCGACUAUUCUAGCCACAACCACUAUAUCUGUGGAACCAACAAUGACAGAGGAAACAACCAUAGCUACAACUGUAGCAACUACAACACCAACAACAGAUUUGACCACUACCACUGAAUUCACGACACAGGCUACAACAACCACACAGCCAACAACAGAAGAAACAACAGCAUCUACAACUACUCUAAGUACUACCACUAUAUCUGUGGAACCAACAACUACAGAGGAAUCAACCAUAGCUACAAAUGUAGCAACUACAACACCAACAACAGAAUUGCCCACUACCACUGAAUUCACAACACAGGGUACAACAACCACACAGCCAUUAGCAGAAGAAAUAAUUGAAUCCUCGACUAUGCUAACCACAACCACUAUAUCUGUGGAACCAACAACUACAGAGGAAUCAACCAUAGCUACAACUGUAGCAACUACAAUACCAACAACAGAAUUGACCACUACCACUGAAUUCAUAACACAGUCUACAACAACCACACAGCCAUCAACAGAAGAAACAACAGCAUCUACAACUACUCUAAGUACUACCACUAUAUCUGUGGAACCAACAACUACAGAGAAAACAACCAUAGCUACAACUGUAGCAACUACAACACCAACAACAGAAUUGACCACUACCACUGAAUUCACAACACAGGCUACAACAACCACACAGCCAACAACAGAAGAAACAACAGCAUCUACAACUAUUGUAAGUACUACCACUAUAUCUGUGGAACCAACAACUACAGAGGAAUCAACCAUAGAUACAACUGUAGCAACUACAACACCAACAACAGAAUUGCCCACUACCACUGAAUUCACAACACAGGGUACAACAACCACACAGCCAUUAGCAGAAGAAAUAAUUGAAUCCUCGACUAUGCUAGCCACAACCACUAUAUCUGUGGAACCAACAACUACAGAGGAAACAACCAUAGCUACAACUGUAGCAACUACAAUACCAACAACAGAAUUGACCACUACCACUGAAUUCAUGACACAGUCUACAACAACCACACAGCCAACAACAGAAGAAACAACUGAAUCUACAACUACUCUAAGUACUAACACUAUAUCUGUGGAACCAACAACUACAGAGAAAACAACCAUAGGUACAACUGUAGCAGCUACAACACCAACAACAGAAUUGACCACUACCACUGAAUUCAUGACACAGGUUACAACAACCACACAGUCAACAAGAGAAGAAACAACAGCAUCUACAACGACUCUAAGUAUUACCACUAUAUCUGUGGAACCAACAACUACAGAGAAAACAACCAUAGCUACAACUGUAGCAACUCCAACAACAGAAUUGACCACUACCACUGAAUUCAUGACACAGGCUACAACAACCACACAGCCAACAACAGAAGAAACAACAGCAUCUACAACUAUUGUAAGUACUACCACUAUAUCUGUGGAACCAACAACUACAGAGAAAACAACCAUAGCUACAACUGUAGCAACUACAACACCAACAACAGAAUUGACCACUACCACUGAAUUCACCACACAGGCUACAACAACCACACAGCCAACAACAGAAGAAACAACAGCAUCUACAACUACUCUAAGUACUACCACUAUAUCUGUGGAACCAACAACUACAGAGAAAACAACCAUAGCUACAACUGUAGCAACUACAACACCAACAACAGAAUUGACCACUACCACUGAAUUCACCACACAGGCUACAACAACCACACAGCCAACAACAGAAGAAACAACAGCAUCUACAACUACUCUAAGUACUACCACUAUAUCUGUGGAACCAACAACUACAGAGGAAUCAACCAUAGAUACAACUGUAGCAACUACAACACCAACAACAGAAUUGCCCACUACCACUGAAUUCACAACCCAGGGUACAACAACCACACAGCCAACAACAGAACAAAAAAUUGAAUCCUCAACUAUUCUAGCCACAACCACUAUAUCCUUGGAACCAACAACUACAGAGGAAACAACCAUAGCUACAACUGUAGCAACUACAAUACCAACAACAGAAUUGACCACUACCACUGCAUUCACAACACAGGCUACAACAACCACACAGCCAACAACAGAAGAAGCAACAGCAUCUACAACUAUUGUAAGUACUACCACUAUAUCUGUGGAACCAACAACUACAGAGGAAUCAACCAUAGCUACAACUGUAGCAACUACAACACUAACAACAGAAUUGACCACUACCACUGAAUUCACAACACAGGCUACAACAAGCACACAGCCAACAACAGAAGAAACAACUGAAUCUACAACUACUCCAAGUACUACCACUAUAACUGUGAAACCAACAACUACAGAGAAAACAACCAUAGCUACAAAUGUAGCAACUACAACACCAACAACAGAAUUGACCACUACCACUGAAUUCACCACACAGGCUACAACAACCACACAGCCAACAACAGAAGAAACAACAGCAUCUACAACUACUGUAAGUACUACCACUAUAUCUGUGGAACCAACAACUACAGAGAAAACAACCAUAGCUACAACUGUAGCAACUACAACACCAACAACAGAAUUGACCACUACCACUGAAUUCACCACACAGGCUACAACAACCACACAGCCAACAACAGAAGAAACAACAGCAUCUACAACUACUCUAAGUACUACCACUAUAUCUGUGGAACCAACAACUACAGAGGAAUCAACCAUAGAUACAACUGUAGCAACUACAACACCAACAACAGAAUUGCCCACUACCACUGAAUUCACAACCCAGGGUACAACAACCACACAGCCAACAACAGAACAAAAAAUUGAAUCCUCAACUAUUCUAGCCACAACCACUAUAUCCUUGGAACCAACAACUACAGAGGAAACAACCAUAGCUACAACUGUAGCAACUACAAUACCAACAACAGAAUUGACCACUACCACUGCAUUCACAACACAGGCUACAACAACCACACAGCCAACAACAGAAGAAGCAACAGCAUCUACAACUAUUGUAAGUACUACCACUAUAUCUGUGGAACCAACAACUACAGAGGAAUCAACCAUAGCUACAACUGUAGCAACUACAACACUAACAACAGAAUUGACCACUACCACUGAAUUCACAACACAGGCUACAACAAGCACACAGCCAACAACAGAAGAAACAACUGAAUCUACAACUACUCCAAGUACUACCACUAUAACUGUGAAACCAACAACUACAGAGAAAACAACCAUAGCUACAAAUGUAGCAACUCCAACUCCAACAACAGAACUGACCACUACCACUGAAUUCAUGACACAGGCUACAACAACCACACAGCCAACAACAGAAGAAACAACAGAAUCUACAACUACUCUAAGUACUACCACUAUAUCUCCGGAACCAACAACCACAGAGGAAAUAACUAUAUAUACAACUGUAGCAACUACAACAUCAACAACAGAAUUGACCACUACUACUGAAUUCACAUCGCAGGCUACAACAACCACACAGCCAACAACAGAAGAAACAACUGAAUCUACAACUACUCUAAGUACUACCACUAUAACAGUAAAACCAAUAUAUACAGAGGAAACAACCAUAGCUAGAACUGUAGCAACUACAGCACCAGCAAUAGAAUUGACGACUACCAAUGAAUUCACAACACAGGCUACAAAAACCACACAGCCAUCAGCAGAAGAAAUAACUGAAUCCUCGACUACUCUAGUCACAAGCACUAUAUCUGUGGAAUCAACAAAUACAGAAAAAUCAACCACCCAUACAACUGUCGGAACUACAAAACCAACAACAGUCUUGACCACUACCACUGAAUUCACAAUGCGGGCUACAACAACCACACAGCCUACAACAGAAGAACAAACUGCAUCUACAACUACUCUAGGUACUACCACUAUAUUUGUGGAACCAAUAAUUACAGAUGAAACUACAAUAGCUACAGCUGUAGCAACUACAACAUUAUCAACAGAAUUGACUACUACCACUGAAUUUACAUCACAGGCUACAACAACCACACAGCCAACAACAGAAGAAACAACUGAAUCUACAACUACUGUAAGUACUACUACUAUAUCUGUGGAACCAACAACUACAGAGGAAUCAACCAUAGCUACAACUGUAGCAACUACAACACCAACAACAGAACUGACCACUACCACUGAAUUUACAACGCAGGCUACACCAACCACACAGCCAACAACAGAAGAAACAACUGAAUCUACAACUACUCUAAGUACUACCACUAUAACUGUAAAACCAAUAUAUACAGAGGAAUCAACCAUAGCUACAUCUGUAGUAACUAUAGCACCAACAAUAGAAUUGACCACUACCACUGAAUUCACAACACAGGCUACAACAACCACACAGCCAUCAACAGAAGAAACAACUGAAUCUACAACUACUCUAAGUACUACCACUAUAUCUGUGGAACCAACAACUAAAGAGGAAACAACCACAGUUACAACUGUAGCAACUACAAUACCAGCAACAGAAUUGACCACUACUAUGGAAUUCACAACGCAGGCUACAAAAACCACACAGCCAUCAGCAGAAGAAAUAAUUGAGUCCUCGACUACUCUAUUCACAACCACUAUAUCUGUGGAAUCAACAAAUACAGAAAAAACGACCACACAUACAACUGUAGGAACUACAAAACCAACAACAGAAUUGACCACUACCGCUGAAUUCACAAUGCAGGCUACAACAACCACACAGCCUACAACAGAAGAACAAACUGCAUCUACAACUACUCUAGGUACUACCACUAUAUCUGUGGAACCAACAACUAUAGAUGAAACUACAAUAGCUACAACUGUAGCAAAUACAACAUUAUCCACAGAAUUGACCACUGCUACUGAACGCACAAUGCAGGCUACAAGAAAGACCGAGCCAACAACAGAAGAAAUAACUGAAUCUACAAUUACUCUAAGUACUACCACUAUAUCUGUGGAACCAGCAACGACAGAGGAAACAACCACAGUUACAAGUGUAGUAACUACAAUACCAGCAACUGAAUUGACCACUACUACUGAAUUCACAACGCAGGCUACAACAACCACAGAGCUAAAAACAGAAGAAACAACGGGAUCUGCAACUACUCUAAGUAGUACCACUAUAUCUGUGGAACCAGCAACUUCAGAGGAAACAACUACAGUUACAGUUGUUCCCACUACAACAAAAACAAUAGAACUGACCACUUCCACUGUAUUUGCAACACCAGUUACAACAAACACACAGGCAACAACAGACAAAACAUCUGCAUCUACAACAACUUUGGCCCCAAGCACUACAACUGAGAACCCAAUAUCUACAGAGGAACCAAUAGUUACAACUGUAGAAACUACAACACCAACAAUAGAACUGACCUCUACUACUUUGUCCACAAUGCAGCACACAACAACCACACAGUCAACAACGGAUGAAACAACAGAAUUUGCAACUACUCUAGCCACAACCACUGUAAUUGUGGAAACAACAACUAUAGAGGAAACAUCCACAAGUACAACUGUAGCAACUACAACACCAACACCAGAACUGACAACUACCACUGAAUUCACAACAGAAGAAACAUCUGCAUAUGCAAUAACUCUAGCCACAAGCACUGCAACUGAGAAACCAAUAACUACAGAGGAAACAACAAUAGCUACAACUGUAGCAACUACAACACGAACAACAGAACUGACCACUACUACUGAAUUCACAGCACAGGCUACAACCACCACACAGCCAACAAGAGAGGAAACAACUGAAUCUGCAACUACUCUAGGCACAACAAUUACAACUGAGGAACUAGCAACUACAGAGGAAUCCAUGAAAGUGACAUCUGUAUCAUUGAGUACAAUUCAGCCAACAGAGCUGACUAGUAAUCCUGUGUCCACAAUGCAGGAUACAACAACCACACAGCCAACAGCAAAAGAAAUAACUGAAUCUGUGACUACUCUAGUCACAACCACUAUGAAUGUGCAAUCAACAAGUACAGAGGAAAUAACCACAUCUUCAACUGUAGCAACUACAACACCAACAACAGAACUGACCACUGUCACUGAAUUCAAAACACAGGCUACAACAACCACACAGACAGCAACAGAAGAAAUAUCUGAAUCUGCAACCACUCUAGGCACAUCCACUACAACUGAGAAACCAACAACUACAGAGGAAACCACCCAAUUUGCAUCUGUAUCAUUGGGUACAAUUCAGCCAACAGGGCUGACUAGUACUCAUGUGGUCACAAUGCAGGAUAUAACAACCACACAGCCAACAGCAGAAGAAAUAACUGAAUCUGCGACUACUCUAGCCACAGCCACUACGAGUAUGGAACCAACAACUACAGAGGAAACAACCACAGCUCUUGUAGCAACUACAACACCAACAAUAGAACUGACCACUACCACUGCAUUUCCAACACAGGCUACAUCAACCACACAGACAACAACAAAAGAAACACAUGUGACAACUCUAGUCCCAAGAAUGUCAAUUAAAGAACUAACAACUACAGAGGAAGCAACCAUGGCUACAACUGUAUCAACUACAUCACAAGCAACAGAACAGACAACUGCCAAUGUAUUCAUAACACAGGAUACAACAACCACACAGCGAACAACAGAAGAAACACAUGUGACAACUCUAGUCCCAAGAACUUCAACUAAAGAACUAACAACUACAGGGGAAGCAACCAUAGCUACAACUGUAUCAACUACAACACAAGCAACAGAACAGACUACAACUGCCAAUGUAUUCAUUACACAGGAUACUACAACCACACAGCCAACAACAGAAGAAACAGCUGCAUCUAUUGCAAUUAAGGAACAAACAACUACAAAGGAAUCAGUCACAGCUACAAUUUUACUAAAACCAGAUCUGACCACUAGUACUGUAUCCACAAAACAGUUUACAACAAACACAGAACUAACAGCAGAACUAACCACAUCUUCAACUGCACAACUGACAAGAAUAGAACUGACAAGUAGUGCUCUUAUAUUACAACAGCCUACGACAACCACAGUGUCAAGUAUGUUAGCUCCAAAGACUACAACUGAGGCAAAAACAACUACAGAGGAAACGACCAUGGGUACAACUUUACCAGCUACAACACCAACAACUCAACUGACUGGCACUAAUAUAUCCACAACACAGUCUAGAGCAAACACAGUACCUAAAACUGCUUCUGCUGCAAAUACAACCCCUGCUGCAGAGAAAGCAGCUACAACCAAUACUGUACCAAUGUCAAGAACAGAAAUGGCCACUAAACCUGAACUAUUAACUACAACAAAAACAGAACCCACCAGUUACACUGAAUGUACAACACAACCUGCAACAACCAAAAAACAAACAAAAGAAACAACUUUGUCUAUGUCUACUCCAAAUCUAAGCACUACAGUUGAAGGAACAAGUAUUACAGAAGAAACAUCAAUGUCAACUACAAAUGUACCAUCAAAUAUAACAGCAACAGAGUUGACAAUUACCUCCAUAUCCACAACACAGGCUACAGCAAUAGUGCCAACAACUGCAUCUACUAGAUUCACAGCUACUAGAGUACCAAUUAUAACACCAACAACAGAACUGGCAAUGACAAAACAGGCUACAACAAACACAGAUGCAACAACAGAAACUUCAAUUUCAUCAGCAAUUACUGCAGCUCCAAGCACUGCCUUUGCAGUAUCAACAACUAUAAAGGAAACAACUACAGCUAGAUCUGUAUCAAUAACACAGAGUGCACCUACCAGACAACCAAAAACAACACAAUCAAGUGCAUCAAAAAAUAUUUCAUCUUUAACAACUACAAAUGACAAACCAAGAACUAGAGGACAAGAAGACAGAACUGUACUUUCAACUCCAAUUACAUCAGAAGUGACUAAAAAUAACACAGAAACAAUAACGGCAGAAUCAAAUGAUUCCAUAACUACACCUUUCCCAGGCAAUAUAAUUAAAGAGACCACACUUAUAGAGGAACAAUCAACCACAAUUAUUCCUGUAGUCAUAACUUCAAAUUCAACCGUAGUGACCAUAAGCACUUUAUCAACAAUGCAAGCUACAAUAUCCAAAGCACCAUCAACACCAGAAACAAAAACAACUGUAUCCACAAGUGAUCUACAUGCAAAUACUACAAUUGAGGAACCAAGAAGUACAGAGAAAACAAACACAGCUAAAAGUCUACCACUGUCUACAACAGCAGAAGUGAACACUAGCACUGUGUUCACAAAACAGAAUACAAAAACAGCAGGAAAAACAACUACUCCAGCUGCAAGUAUUACAAUUGAGUUAACUACAUCAACAGAGGACACAACAACAGCUGCAACUGUACCAAACCUGAUGACAGAAACAAGCAAAAUGAUUCUAUCCACGCUGAUUAGGAAUGUAAAACCAACAAGCAGUGAAACAGCAAGAGAAGAAACAAAUGGUACAACUAGCACAUCACGGAAAACUGCACAGACAAAACCUACUGAAAUGACAGCUGCUAAUAAAGUCACAAUACAGUCUCCAACUUAUGCAACAACAGUCUCAGUAAUAAAUGGUUCAGCUGUGGUUCAGACAAAGAUUGUCUUCAGUUCCUCCUCCCCUGUUCCCAGUGAGAGUUUGGUUCUCAGUGUAAUCCAGACUUUACUGAGUGCUCGACUCUCAAACCUCACUGACUCUCUGAAAGUGCUGAACUUCACAUAUGAAAAAAUUUCAGACACCUCAUAUGCUGUAAAAUUCACAUUCAACAUCAGUAAUGUCAGCAUGACACAGAACCCUGACCUCAGGAAUGAUACCUACAGCCAAAUAGAGAGCAUCGUCAACAAUGCCUUAAACACACUUCUAAAUGAAGCUGGAGCAGAACCAUUCGAACCCCAGAGCUCUUUCUUUACGAGUUCAGGAAACCAGGUUAAUGGUAGCAUGACGUACCACUUCCAAGAUGGAGACACCAAAACACCGGCAGCUUUCCUGAAUGAGCUUAAAGCACAACUCACACCUAUAUCUGGUUCCGCCUUGGUUCAGACCACGAUGGUGUUCAAAUCGUCCUCCCCUGUUCCCAGUGAGAGUUUGGUUCUCAGUGUAAUCCAGACUCUACUGAGUGCUCGACUCUCAAACCUCACUGACUCUGUAAAAGUGCUGAACUUCACAUAUGAAAAAAUUUCAGACACCUCCUAUGCUGUAAAAUUCACAUUCGACAUCAGUAACAUCAGCAUGACACAGAACCCUGACCUCAGGAAUGAAACCUACAACCAAUUGAAGAGCAUCAUCAACAACACUUUAAACACACUUCUAAAUGAAGCUGGAGCAGAACCAUUCGAACCCCAGAGCUCUUUCUUUACGAGUUCAGGAAACCAGGUUAAUGGUAACAUGACGUACCACUUCCAAGAUGGAGACACCAAAACACCAGCAGCUUUCCUGAAUGAGCUUAAAGCACAAAUUACACCUAUAUCUGGUUCCGCCUUGGUUCAGACCACAAUGGUCUUCAAUUCCUCCUCCCCUGUUCCCAGUGAGAGUUUGGUUCUCAGUGUAAUCCAGACUCUACUGAGUGCUCGACUCUCAAACCUCACUGACUCUGUAAAAGUGCUGAACUUCACAUAUCAAAAAAUUUCAGACACCUCCUAUGCUGUAAAAUUCACAUUCGACAUCAGUAACAUCAGCAUGACACAGAACCCUGACCUCAGGAAUGAAACCUACAACCAAUUGAAGAGCAUCAUCAACAACACUUUAAACACACUUCUAAAUGAAGCUGGAGCAGAACCAUUCGAACCCCAGAGCUCUUUCUUUACGAGUUCAGGAAACCAGGUUAAUGGUAACAUGACGUACCACUUCCAAGAUGGAGACACCAAAACACCAGCAGCUUUCCUGAAUGAGCUUAAAGCACAAAUUACACCUAUAUCUGGUUCCGCCUUGGUUCAGACCACAAUGGUCUUCAAUUCCUCCUCUCCUGUUCCCAGUGAGAGUUUGGUUCUCAGUGUAAUCCAGACUCUACUGAGUGCUCGACUCUCAAACCUCACUGACUCUGUAAAAGUGCUGAACUUCACAUAUGAAAAAAUUUCAGACACCUCCUAUGCUGUAAAAUUCAGAUUUGACAUCAGUAACAUCAGCAUGACACAGAACCCUGACCUCAGGAAUGAAACCUACAACCAAUUGAAGAGCAUCAUCAACAACACUUUAAACACACUUCUAAAUGAAGCUGGAGCAGAACCAUUCGAACCCCAGAGCUCUUUCUUUACGAGUUCAGGAAACCAGGUAAAUGGUAGCAUGACGUACCACUUCCAAGAUGGAGACACCAAAACACCAGCAGCUUUCCUGAAUGAGCUUAAAGCACAAAUUACACCUAUAUCUGGUUCCGCCUUGGUUCAGACCACAAUGGUCUUCAAUUCCUCCUCCCCUGUUCCCAGUGAGAGUUUGGUUCUCAGUGUAAUCCAGACUCUACUGAGUGCUCGACUCUCAAACCUCACUGACUCUGUAAAAGUGCUGAACUUCACAUAUGAAAAAAUUUCAGACACCUCCUAUGCUGUAAAAUUCAGAUUUGACAUCAGUAACAUCAGCAUGACACAGAACCCUGACCUCAGGAAUGAAACCUACAACCAAUUGAAGAGCAUCAUCAACAACACUUUAAACACACUUCUAAAUGAAGCUGGAGCAGAACCAUUCGAACCCCAGAGCUCUUUCUUUACGAGUUCAGGAAACCAGGUUAAUGGUAACAUGACGUACCACUUCCAAGAUGGAGACACCAAAACACCAGCAGCUUUCCUGAAUGAGCUUAAAGCACAAAUUACACCUAUAUCUGGUUCCGCCUUGGUUCAGACCACAAUGGUCUUCAAUUCCUCCUCCCCUGUUCCCAGUGAGAGUUUGGUUCUCAGUGUAAUCCAGACUCUACUGAGUGCUCGACUCUCAAACCUCACUGACUCUGUAAAAGUGCUGAACUUCACAUAUGAAAAAAUUUCAGACACCUCCUAUGCUGUAAAAUUCACAUUUGACAUCAGUAACAUCAGCAUGACACAGAACCCUGACCUCAGGAAUGAAACCUACAACCAAUUGAAGAGCAUCAUCAACAACACUUUAAACACACUUCUAAAUGAAGCUGGAGCAGAACCAUUCGAACCCCAGAGCUCUUUCUUUACGAGUUCAGGAAACCAGGUUAAUGGUAACAUGACGUACCACUUCCAAGAUGGAGACACCAAAACACCAGCAGCUUUCCUGAAUGAGCUUAAAGCACAAAUUACACCUAUAUCUGGUUCCGCCUUGGUUCAGACCACAAUGGUCUUCAAUUCCUCCUCUCCUGUUCCCAGUGAGAGUUUGGUUCUCAGUGUAAUCCAGACUCUACUGAGUGCUCGACUCUCAAACCUCACUGACUCUGUAAAAGUGCUGAACUUCACAUAUGAAAAAAUUUCAGACACCUCCUAUGCUGUAAAAUUCAGAUUUGACAUCAGUAACAUCAGCAUGACACAGAACCCUGACCUCAGGAAUGAAACCUACAACCAAUUGAAGAGCAUCAUCAACAACACUUUAAACACACUUCUAAAUGAAGCUGGAGCAGAACCAUUCGAACCCCAGAGCUCUUUCUUCACGAGUUCAGGAAACCAUGUUAAUGGUAACAUGACGUACCACUUCCAAGAUGGAGACACCAAAACACCAGCAGCUUUUCUGAAUGAGCUUAAAGCACAAAUUACACCUAUAUCUGGUUCCGCCUUGGUUCAGACCACAAUGGUCUUCAAUUCCUCCUCCCCUGUUCCCAGUGAGAGUUUGGUUCUCAGUGUAAUCCAGACUCUACUGAGUGCUCGACUCUCAAACCUCACUGACUCUGUAAAAGUGCUGAACUUCACAUAUGAAAAAAUUUCAGACACCUCCUAUGCUGUAAAAUUCAGAUUUGACAUCAGUAACAUCAGCAUGACACAGAACCCUGACCUCAGGAAUGAAACCUACAACCAAUUGAAGAGCAUCAUCAACAACACUUUAAACACACUUCUAAAUGAAGCUGGAGCAGAACCAUUCGAACCCCAGAGCUCUUUCUUUACGAGUUCAGGAAACCAGGUUAAUGGUAGCAUGACGUACCACUUCCAAGAUGGAGACACCAAAACACCGGCAGCUUUCCUGAAUGAGCUUAAAGCACAAAUUACACCUAUAUCUGGUUCCGCCUUGGUUCAGACCACAAUGGUCUUCAAUUCCUCCUCCCCUGUUCCCAGUGAGAGUUUGGUUCUCAGUGUAAUCCAGACUCUACUGAGUGCUCGACUCUCAAACCUCACUGACUCUGUAAAAGUGCUGAACUUCACAUAUGAAAAAAUUUCAGACACCUCCUAUGCUGUAAAAUUCAGAUUUGACAUCAGUAACAUCAGCAUGACACAGAACCCUGACCUCAGGAAUGAAACCUACAACCAAUUGAAGAGCAUCAUCAACAACACUUUAAACACACUUCUAAAUGAAGCUGGAGCAGAACCAUUCGAACCCCAGAGCUCUUUCUUUACGAGUUCAGGAAACCAGGUUAAUGGUAACAUGACGUACCACUUCCAAGAUGGAGACACCAAAACACCAGCAGCUUUCCUGAAUGAGCUUAAAGCACAAAUUACACCUAUAUCUGGUUCCGCCUUGGUUCAGACCACAAUGGUCUUCAAUUCCUCCUCUCCUGUUCCCAGUGAGAGUUUGGUUCUCAGUGUAAUCCAGACUCUACUGAGUGCUCGACUCUCAAACCUCACUGACUCUGUUAAAGUGCUGAACUUCACAUAUGAAAAUAUUUCAGACACCUCCUAUGCUGUAAAAUUCAGAUUUGACAUCAGUAACAUCAGCAUGACACAGAACCCUGACCUCAGGAAUGAAACCUACAACCAAUUGAAGAGCAUCAUCAACAACACUUUAAACACACUUCUAAAUGAAGCUGGAGCAGAACCAUUCGAACCCCAGAGCUCUUUCUUUACGAGUUCAGGAAACCAGGUUAAUGGUAACAUGACGUACCACUUCCAAGAUGGAGACACCAAAACACCAGCAGCUUUCCUGAAUGAGCUUAAAGCACAAAUAUCUGGUUCCGCCUUGGUUCAGACCACAAUGGUCUUCAAUUCCUCCUCCCCUGUUCCCAGUGAGAGUUUGGUUCUCAGUGUAAUCCAGACUCUACUGAGUGCUCGACUCUCAAACCUCACUGACUCUGUAAAAGUGCUGAACUUCACAUAUGAAAAAAUUUCAGACACCUCCUAUGCUGUAAAAUUCACAUUUGACAUCAGUAACAUCAGCAUGACACAGAACCCUGACCUCAGGAAUGAAACCUACAACCAAUUGAAGAGCAUCAUCAACAACACUUUAAACACACUUCUAAAUGAAGCUGGAGCAGAACCAUUCGAACCCCAGAGCUCUUACUUUACGAGUUCAGGAAACCAGGUAAAUGGUAGCAUGACGUACCACUUCCAAGAUGGAGACACCAAAACACCAGCAGCUUUCCUGAAUGAGCUUAAAGCACAAAUUACACCUAUAUCUGGUUCCGCCUUGGUUCAGACCACAAUGGUCUUCAAUUCCUCCUCUCCUGUUCCCAGUGAGAGUUUGGUUCUCAGUGUAAUCCAGACUCUACUGAGUGCUCGACUCUCAAACCUCACUGACUCUGUUAAAGUGCUGAACUUCACAUAUGAAAAAAUUUCAGACACCUCCUAUGCUGUAAAAUUCAGAUUUGACAUCAGUAACAUCAGCAUGACACAGAACCCUGACCUCAGGAAUGAAACCUACAACCAAUUGAAGAGCAUCAUCAACAACACUUUAAACACACUUCUAAAUGAAGCUGGAGCAGAACCAUUCGAACCCCAGAGCUCUUUCUUUACGAGUUCAGGAAACCAGGUUAAUGGUAACAUGACGUACCACUUCCAAGAUGGAGACACCAAAACACCAGCAGCUUUCCUGAAUGAGCUUAAAGCACAAAUUACACCUAUAUCUGGUUCCGCCUUGGUUCAGACCACAAUGGUCUUCAAUUCCUCCUCCCCUGUUCCCAGUGAGAGUUUGGUUCUCAGUGUAAUCCAGACUCUACUGAGUGCUCGACUCUCAAACCUCACUGACUCUGUAAAAGUGCUGAACUUCACAUAUGAAAAAAUUUCAGACACCUCCUAUGCUGUAAAAUUCAGAUUUGACAUCAGUAACAUCAGCAUGACACAGAACCCUGACCUCAGGAAUGAAACCUACAACCAAUUGAAGAGCAUCAUCAACAACACUUUAAACACACUUCUAAAUGAAGCUGGAGCAGAACCAUUCGAACCCCAGAGCUCUUACUUUACGAGUUCAGGAAACCAGGUAAAUGGUAGCAUGACGUACCACUUCCAAGAUGGAGACACCAAAACACCAGCAGCUUUCCUGAAUGAGCUUAAAGCACAAAUUACACCUAUAUCUGGUUCCGCCUUGGUUCAGACCACAAUGGUCUUCAAUUCCUCCUCUCCUGUUCCCAGUGAGAGUUUGGUUCUCAGUGUAAUCCAGACUUUACUGAGUGCUCGACUCUCAAACCUCACUGACUCUGUUAAAGUGCUGAACUUCACAUAUGAAAAAAUUUCAGACACCUCCUAUGCUGUAAAAUUCAGAUUUGACAUCAGUAACAUCAGCAUGACACAGAACCCUGACCUCAGGAAUGAAACCUACAACCAAUUGAAGAGCAUCAUCAACAACACUUUAAACACACUUCUAAAUGAAGCUGGAGCAGAACCAUUCGAACCCCAGAGCUCUUUCUUUACGAGUUCAGGAAACCAGGUAAAUGGUAGCAUGACGUACCACUUCCAAGAUGGAGACACCAAAACACCAGCAGCUUUCCUGAAUGAGCUUAAAGCACAAAUUACACCUAUAUCUGGUUCCGCCUUGGUUCAGACCACAAUGGUCUUCAAUUCCUCCUCCCCUGUUCCCAGUGAGAGUUUGGUUCUCAGUGUAAUCCAGACUCUACUGAGUGCUCGACUCUCAAACCUCACUGACUCUGUAAAAGUGCUGAACUUCACAUAUGAAAAAAUUUCAGACACCUCCUAUGCUGUAAAAUUCAGAUUUGACAUCAGUAACAUCAGCAUGACACAGAACCCUGACCUCAGGAAUGAAACCUACAACCAAUUGAAGAGCAUCAUCAACAACACUUUAAACACACUUCUAAAUGAAGCUGGAGCAGAACCAUUCGAACCCCAGAGCUCUUACUUUACGAGUUCAGGAAACCAGGUAAAUGGUAGCAUGACGUACCACUUCCAAGAUGGAGACACCAAAACACCAGCAGCUUUCCUGAAUGAGCUUAAAGCACAAAUUACACCUAUAUCUGGUUCCGCCUUGGUUCAGACCACAAUGGUCUUCAAUUCCUCCUCUCCUGUUCCCAGUGAGAGUUUGGUUCUCAGUGUAAUCCAGACUCUACUGAGUGCUCGACUCUCAAACCUCACUGACUCUGUAAAAGUGCUGAACUUCACAUAUGAAAAAAUUUCAGACACCUCCUAUGCUGUAAAAUUCAGAUUUGACAUCAGUAACAUCAGCAUGACACAGAACCCUGACCUCAGGAAUGAAACCUACAACCAAUUGAAGAGCAUCAUCAACAACACUUUAAACACACUUCUAAAUGAAGCUGGAGCAGAACCAUUCGAACCCCAGAGCUCUUUCUUUACGAGUUCAGGAAACCAGGUUAAUGGUAGCAUGACGUACCACUUCCAAGAUGGAGACACCAAAACACCGGCAGCUUUCCUGAAUGAGCUUAAAGCACAAAGCACACCUUUACUGGGGAAUGUCCUGAUAUAUAUUCGUCUAGUUUUUAAGAAUUUGACCAGAGUGCCUAGUGAAGCUGAUGUUCUCAGUGCUGCUAAUGCUCUUUUGGAUACAAAGAUCAGAAGAACACGAGAUCUUGUAACACAAAAAUUGAGUGAUCCUGUGAGCAUUCAGGAUGUCAAAUAUGACAAAACUGACAACAACUCAUACAUUAUUAGCUUUGGAUUCCAAAUCAGCAAUGUGAACAUCUCCAGGGACAUUCAACUAAGGAAUGAAACAUAUAAUUUAAUCCAAACCACCAUCAACAGCUUGCUGAACACUAUUCUGAAUGUCAAAGGUGCUCCUGAAUUUUUCUUUCCACAUGCAAACUACACGUUUGAUGGUAAAGAAAUUGUGGCUAAUUCAGAGUACAUCUUUGUGGAAGGUGACACCAAGUGGACACCAAGUGGAUUUCUUUUUGCAAUACUAAACAUUAGCGGUCUGUCGACUGUCACCACUCCUGCUGCUCAAACAGACCCCCCUGUCCACGCAGUUCUGAGGCCAACAGUCCAUGCCCAGAACACCAUCACUGAUGGAAAUUCUGCAUGGAUCCUGGGCAUCAUUAUCCCCUGCAGUAUAUUCAUUAUUCUCAUACCCUGCUGGAUUCUACUCUGUUGUCUGCUGUGUGGCUGCUGUGCUGGUUUAAGGAGGCGCUACAGCAGAAGACGGUCCUACAAUGUCCAAUAUGCAACAAGGAAUGGACUCUUUUAAAAUACAGAUUAAGUGCAAAAUAAAAUGACUUGUAACCACUGGAGUUUUUACUAUAUAGUUUAUCUAUCUAUCUAUCUAUCUAUCUAUCUAUCUAUCUAUCUAUCUAUCUAUCUAUCUAUCUAUCUAUCUA